UCGCUUCAUGUCCGACUCCGUCUUAACCGACGUGUUCGCCGUGGUCCCGCCUGUCCUAGGCAUGUUGUGGGCGGUUAAGGAGUUGAUGGUCCUCAAGAGGGUUCACCUCACCGGUCCUGCCCAAGGCUCUGACCUUAAGACUAGGCUUAUGGCUGAUGGGUCGACUGACAUUCAGAAGACGUUGGAUUUGAUGCAAGAGAUUUCGAGAAACAUCGCUGAGGGUGCUACAGCUUUCCUCAUCCAAGAAUACAAGUACAUGCUGGUCUACGUUGUCAUCUUCAGUGCCAUCAUUGGUCCUUGUGUGAAUGUUGGCACGAUGAUAUCUUUCAUUGUGGGUUCACUUACCUCCAUCGCUUGUGGCUACAUCGGUAUGAAGACAGCCGUAUUCAGCAACGUCCGCACAGCACACGAGGCUUGGAAGGAUCUUGCUUCGGGUUACGAUGUGGCUAUCAGAGGUGGCUCCGUCAUGGGAUUUAUGCUGGUCUCUCUUGGUGUACUAAACCUCUUCAUCCUGGUCUCUAUCUAUAAUCUUGAUGUCUUCUAUGGUGGGGAUCAUCCCACUCUGUACGAGGCCAUCGCUGGUUAUGGUCUCGGCGGCUCUUCCAUCGCUCUCUUUGGUCGUGUCGGUGGUGGUAUCUACACCAAGGCCGCUGAUGUUGGUGCUGAUCUGUCGGGUAAGAAUGAGUAUGGUAUGGACGAGGAUGAUCCGAGGAAUCCUGCCUGUAUCGCUGAUAAUGUCGGUGACAAUGUUGGUGAUGUUGCUGGUAUGGGUGCUGAUCUUUUCGGGUCCUUCGCGGAGUCGACCUGCGCUGCUAUGGUUAUAUCAGCUAGUGCACCACAUUACAUGGAAUGGAAGAGUAUGUUGUUCCCUCUGUUGCUAUCAUCUGGUGGUAUUGUUGUUGGACUAAUCACAAUGAUGGUAGUCAACAUAUUCUAUAAGGUCAAGGAUCUUCCUGAUAUCGAGAAGGCUUUGAAGGGCGUGCUCGUCAUAUCGACCAUCCUCGAGACUCCGCUCGUCGCUGUACUUUGUUGGUGGGCUCUCCCCGCUGGCCACUUCGCAAUUGAUACUGUUCGUUUGCACUGCACUUGGGCUAACUGCUGUGCAUCUGUUCUCCUCGGUCUGUGGUCUGGUCUCAUUAUCGGAUACAGCACAGAGUAUUAUACGUCUCACUCGUACACUCCCGUUCGUGAAAUUUCAGACACCCAGAAAGUUUCAGCUGCGACUGGUAUCAUAUACGGUCUGGCUCUGGGAUAUCUUUCAUGCAUCAUUCCGGUACUUUGUCUUGCUGUCACAGUGUGCAUCGCUCACACUAUAGCUGGUAUGUAUGGCGUCGCUCUCGGUGCAUUGGGAAUGCUCGGCACAUUGAGUAUGGGUCUCACUAUUGACGCCUAUGGUCCCAUCUCCGACAAUGCUGGUGGUAUUGCCGAGAUGUCUGAGUUGGGUCCGGAGGUUCGUGCUAGGACCGAUGCAUUAGAUGCUGCUGGAAACACUACUGCUGCUAUUGGCAAGGGAUUUGCAAUUGGAUCCGCGGCUUUGGUUUCCCUUGCUCUAUUUGGUGCUUACUGUGUUCGUGCUAGAGUCGACACUGUCAACAUCCUUGAUCCUUGGACUUUCACGGGCCUUCUCUUCGGUGCUAUGAUGCCCUAUGCUUUCUCUGCUAUGACCAUGAAGUCUGUCGGUAAGGCUGCUAAUGAUAUGGUUACGGAGUGCAUGAGGCAAUUCCCCAAGAUCAUUUCUGGAGAGAUGCGUCCACAAUACACUAGGUGCAUUGCCAUAUCUACCGAAGCCUCGCUCCGGGAGAUGAUAGCACCUGGUUGUUUGGUCAUCCUAUCUCCUCUCAUUGCUGGUUUGUUGUUCGGCAAGAACUGCACCGCUGGUCUGUUGUCCGGUGCGCUGGUCUCGGGCGUACAGAUGGCUAUCUCCAUGUCCAACACAGGUGGUGCUUGGGAUAACGCUAAGAAGUACAUCGAAGCUGGUGGCCUUGGUCCAAAUCAUCAGAAGGGAUCUGCUGCUCACAAAAACGCUGUCACUGGCGACACUGUUGGUGAUCCCCUGAAAGAUACGUCCGGUCCAUCUAUUAAUAUCCUCAUGAAAUUAUCGGCUAUCAUGUCUCUGGUCUUCGGGGGAGUUAUCAGGAGCUUUUCGAACGCGGAGGGUGGACCGUUCUGGCUAUAAGUUAUGUUAGGUAUGGAGCUGUCGUCAUGGAACUGGCGAGACAAUUACGUCGUAUUAGUGAGCCUAGCUGGUAUCGU